AUGAUAUUUGGCCUUGCUACAAGCAUCGAAUUCACCGAAAAAGACUUGGCUUCGGACGAGAGCUUGUGGGGUUUGUACGAAAGAUGGAGGAGCCACCAUACGGUUACACGCGAUCUAGCCGAGAAAAAAACCCGUUUCAACGUGUUCAAGGCUAACGUGCACCAUAUCCACAAGGUGAACCAGAUGGAUCGGCCUUACAAACUGAAGCUCAACCGGUUUGCCGAUAUGACUAACCACGAAUUUAGAAACUUUUACAGCUCGAAAAUCAAACACCACCGUAUGUUUCGUGGGACCCGGCUCAGCACAACUUUCAUGCACGAGAAAGUCGAUAACUUGCCGGCUUCGGUUGAUUGGAGACAGCAAGGGGCAGUCACUAGUGUCAAAGAUCAAGGAAAUUGUGGUAGUUGUUGGGCAUUUUCAACUGUGGUGGGAGUCGAGGGGAUUAAUAAGAUCAAAACCAGUAAAUUAGUGUCUCUAUCUGAGCAAGAACUGGUCGAUUGUGAGAAGGAUAACGAGGGCUGCAAUGGAGGACUCAUGGACAAUGCGUACGAGUUCAUAAAAAAUAAAGGCGGAAUCACAACCGAGACUGUAUAUCCAUACAAAGCUCAAGAUAUGAACUGUGAUGCAGCAAAGCUGAAUGCACCAGUGGUGAAGAUCGACGGGUAUGAAAAUGUGCCCGCAAAUGAUGAGAGUGCACUAAUGAAAGCUGUUGCUAACCAGCCUGUAUCUGUAGCCAUUGAUGCUAGUGGCUCUGAUAUGCAGUUCUACUCAGAGGGGGUCUUCACGGGAGACUGUGGCACGGAGCUCGAUCAUGGGGUGGCUGUUGUGGGAUACGGAGAAACUGUUGACGGGACUAAAUAUUGGACGGUUAAAAAUUCUUGGGGGACCCAAUGGGGAGAAAAAGGCUACAUUAGGUUUCAACGUGGUGUGGAUGCAAAGGAAGGAUUGUGUGGGAUAGCUAUGGAGGCCUCUUAUCCGAUCAAGUCAUCGGCUGAUAACCCUCAGCCACCACCAAAAGACGAGCUCUGA